GUUGUAGGCAGUAUGGAUGCCCAUCCCUGUCGRUACUAUGCGUCUGUUCGUGUUCAGGCACAUCGUCAGGAAAUUAUCGCUGAGUUGGCAGCUAUGGUCAAAGAACUUCUUCGUCAAUUUUACCAGUGCACCAUGCAUAAACCGCAUAGGAUAAUAUUCUAUCGGGACGGGGUCAGCGAAGGACAGUUUAAACAAGUUCUGAUACACGAGUUAAGAGCCAUCAGAGAAGCCUGUAUUAGCUUAGAGGUCGGCUACCAGCCAGGAAUUACUUUUGUGGUCGUGCAAAAACGUCACCACACAAGACUAUUUUGCCAGGAAGAGAGAGAUAGGUGUGGCCGUGGAGGCAACAUUCCACCAGGAACUACAGUUGACCACGGGAUCACUCACCCUUCAGAGUUUGACUUCUAUAUCUGCAGUCACGCAGGAAUACAG